CUCCCCCCUCCUUCGCGUAACGCAAGGCAUGAACGCAACUCUCUCUCUCUCUCUGUGUACAGGCGCAGUGUGUGCAGUUCCCCCUCUGCACUGAAUGAACUAGAUUCCCGGCCACGUAAGAAGCACAGCGGUACCACGGGAGAGAGGAUGUCCUGCUGAAUCAAGGGAUUGGCCUGGGAAAGUCGGCCGUCCCUUCCUUUCCUUCCUUCCACAAGCUUGCAGCAGCACACACAAGGCGGCAGACGGCAACAUUUCUUCCACUGGAUAACUUGAAUCGGAGGCCAGAGAGCGCGCGCACAAAGAGCUUCAGCAGUCACUCCGGAUGGGGCUCUCUCCGCAUGACAAUCACCGUGCAUGGAUGUGAUUCCCGGGGAACAAGGCCGUGCACUGACCCUGGUACUCGUUAGCCAAAACCGAGCUAGCUAGUUAGCUCUGCACCUGCUAGCCCACCCCGACGAAUAUCAGCUGCUAUUAUUAGCUCAGAAACUUGCUUCAUUUGUUUGGCUCGUGCAUCCUUUUUUCUUUUUCUUUUUUUUUUGAUGUGCGACCGCGAGCCGUGUCCAACAUAUUGUUUCCGUUUUACGAAACGUGUCUAUAGCGCUGCACCGGCGAGAUAAGCUAGCGGACCGUUGACUUGGCACCCUUCAUUCAUUUUUUUUUUCCCAAAAAAGCUAACUUUUGGUAGCCUUUGUUGCAGCUUUUUGUCUUUGCAUCCACGUUAAUGAAGCUGCACCCCGUCGGCCCAGGCUUUCGGAGAGCUGUGGCCGCGUCGUCGGGCAUUUAACACGGACUUUUCAUUCCAUGAAUGUACAACAAAGGAGAGCAACUGAGCGGGGGGGACACAUUAAACCCCCUUUUUGAGUGCAGCUUCUUUGCCUGUUGACACAAAACCAAAGCACGGUACUGUAAAUUUAGAUUUUUUUUAAAUAUAUAUAUAUAUAUUAUUUAUUGAUACCAUAAAUAAUUACGUGAGGUAAAUAUUUUUUUAAUUACUGGACGAGCUAGCGGUGCCCUAACCAAGGAAGAGGGGACAAAGGAGAGAAAGAACUUCUGAUAUACAUAUAUAUAUUUUUUUUUGUGGGGAUUUCGCACUUCAUCCUCAUGAACAUACAGAGGUCAAAUCCAAUCAACAUUUCACGUUAUGGGAGAUCGCGACACAAAUCGCACGAUUUUGAGGAGCUGUCUUGCUUAAGGACUACAGAGUCGAGCCAGAGCUUCAGCCCCAACCUCGGUUCCCCCAGCCCGCCGGAGACCCCGGACUCCUCGCACUGCAUCUCCCGCAUCGGGGACUACCUUUUGUUGGAGCCGCUGGAGGGGGACCACGUUUUCAGAGCCGCCCACCUGCACAGCGGCGACGAGCUCGUAUGUAAGGUGUUCGACAUCGGCCGGUACCAGGAGUCGCUGGCGGCCUACUUCGCCCUGGGCCGGCAUGAGCACGUCAACCAGAUCCUGGAGAUCUUGCUCGGGGAGACGCGGGCCUACGUGUUCUUCGACAGGAGCCACGGCGACAUGCACUCCUUCGUCCGCACCUGCAAGAAGCUGCGGGAGGACGAGGCCGCCCGCCUCUUCCACCAGAUCGCUUCGGCCGUGGCGCACUGCCACGACAACGGGUUGGUCCUCCGCGACCUCAAGCUGAGGAAGUUCGUCUUCAAGAACGAGGACAGGAGCCUGGUUAAACUGGAGAGCCUCGAGGACUCUUAUAUCCUUGCCGGUCUCGACGACUCGCUGUCAGACAAGCACGGCUGCCCGGCCUACGUCAGCCCGGAGAUCCUCAACGCCAGCGGCAGCUAUUCGGGCAAGGCGGCCGACGUGUGGAGCCUCGGCGUCAUGCUCUACACCAUCCUGGUGGGGCGCUACCCUUUCCACGACGUGGAGCCGGGCUCCCUGUUCAGCAAGAUCCGCCGGGGCCACUUCAACAUCCCCGAGACGCUGACGCCGAAGGCCAAGUGCUUGAUCCGCUCCAUUCUGCGCCGGGAGCCGGCGGAGCGCCUCACCUCCCGGGAGAUCCUGGAGCACCCCUGGUUCGCCUCCGCCGGAGUGCUGGGGGGGUUUCAGGUGCACAGCCGGGGGGAGCGGGAGCAGGAGCAGACGGUGCCCGAGGUGACCAUGGAGGAGGAGCUGGAGCUCUUCAGCUGAACUACCACCAAGCACAAAACGGAUGACACCGCCACGGUCGGCUCGCCACGGCUUCAGCAGAGCCACCGAAGAGAGGAAAAAAUAAAUAAAAAAAGAAGAGAAAAGAGUAGAUUAGAGGUAAAUAGAUGAAUUUGUCACUCAUAACAAAGGUGUUUCCAUCCCGUUUUCCUUUUCCACCACUUCAUGGAAAACCUCGAGCCUAGCAUGACAAAUGGCAUCUAGACAUCAUCUGGCCGAUCGCUCCCUGGUUGGGAAUGUUGCUGCCAGACAUGCAACUUGCAAACAAUGUAGCAUUUUUUUUUCUUUUUUUUAUGUGUUUUGGUUUAAUGUGGUGCUCAUACGAAGUCGAUGCAUUCGCCAUUUUUUUGACACUAUUAAAGGCAUGAAGGGACAUAUGAAGACAGUAAACCAAGGACAACCAUACUUAACGAACUGCGGCACCACACUUUUUUCUUACAGAUCUUGCUUUUUUUUUUUUUUUUUUUUUGUUCUCGUCGCGUCUGUGGCCGACGACGGCGAGAGGCCACAGGCCCAAAAGUUCGAAAGGGCAACCCCACGUUUCGUGGUUUAAGCUGAUCCAACUGACCUGGGACCACUGGGAAACAGAGCGUCUUCGUCUUUUUUUGUUCAUUACCUAAAAGAAAAUGUCUGACCUCAGUUUUGUUUAAUGCUUAGUUAAGGUGUAUCUAUAUUUUGCAAUUCUGACAGUCACUAAACUCCUUGGUGGCCUUUUUUUCCCCACAAUCCCCAGUUAUGCGUCUGUCUCUUAAGCCUCUAUCAUGCUUUAAUUUACUGUAUACCAUCAUUUAUUGCUUUCUGUGUCUGUAAGCUAUCCUAAUCUGUUCCCGCUGCUCGCAUAUCUUUCCCUGAAAGCCUUUCGUCUAUUUCUCUGCGCGACCAUCCCAACACGGCAUCAAGCACUUGGUGUGAUAGGCUAACGGACACUUCCACCUUCCUGAAAUUAGCUUCCUUCUUAAUUUAAAAUUUCAGUUGUAGAAGUGAUAACGUAACGUUUUUUUAUUUAAAUUGUAACAACUAUGAAAAUAUAUAUAUAAAAAUGAAUAUAAAUAUAUAUAUUUAAAAACUACAUAGCAGGGUAUUUCUUUACCAAGAGAUUCCUUUUUUUUUUUUCUUUUUUUUUCUCCCAUGUAUGAUGUAGGCAAUAUUUUGACACAGGGCAGGUGUGAAGAGAGAGCUGUCUAAGGUUUUAGGAAAACAAAACGCCAUCUAUGCCAGUAUUCCUGUGCCCCCAGCAGGCCAUGCCACCCAGUCUCCCUAUUUUUUUUUUUUUUUUUAUUUAAUUACAUUUUUUUCAUUGAAGGGGGGAGGAAAACCUUGAUAUGGGAUAUUCAGUAGUGGUAUUUGCUAUUCCGUGCUCACUCCAUGACCUCAUGCUAGUUUUCCUACUGCCCGUGUAGGUUCUGUGAAAGGAUCACGCUCGGAUUGGGUGGCAGUAGACAUGUUUCGUCGUAUCUCAAUGUUACUUGAAUUUGUUUGUUUAGUUUUUUUUUUUUUUUUUUUUUUCAACCUAGUCAGUGGCAUGUGCUCCAUGAAUGCUAUAGCCUGCCUAGUGGGGGGUAAAGGGUGGGUCGGGAUUAGGAGGAUGCUUUUGGCUUUCUUUUUCUUUUCAACAAAAGCUAUUAAAAAAAAAAAAAAGACAAAAAAAAACUUUCUUACUUUUCUGAGUUGCUUUUUCAGUUAAAGUACGGCUAUAACUUCCGUUGUUUCUGUAGACUUAUUUAAGUUGGUGCUGCUUUGGUGCUAAUGUUUAGUUUGUUUUGUUUUCGUUCCUUGGUGGGUGGGGUGGUGCAUGGUGGGAUAUCUGCCUCAGAUUGUAUUGUAACAGAUUCUGGUGUUUUUGUCCAAAUUUAUUCAGUAAAUAAAUUGUGAAAUGAUAUUUGA